AUGAAAGGUUUGAUUGUUUCUGUUUUUUUUUGUUUCAGAUUCCUUUGCCGAAAAGAGGCCCAGAGCUCGGGCUGGCCCAGAACGCCCACCCUGACUCACAAGUUUUUUUUUAACGGGUUCCGUGAUUCUCGUGGCUUGUUUUAUUGGGCUGAUUUUUCAUCGUAUAAUUUUUUGGCUAGCUCUUUUUUCACAGCUUUUUUGUGAUAUAAUCUGAUCAGAUUUCAAAUGUAAAGCAUCUAACCACGGCUUCAUAGCUACAAUUUCUUUCGGCUCAAUGUUUUAGCGCGCGUGUGACAAUGAUCCUUUAAUAGCGCUCCUUCUUUUAACUUCUUUUUCUAGCCAUCAAUUUGAAAAGAUCAGAAGUUCUAACACUAUUAAAGGAUCUGUAGCCACGGAACUUGAAUCAUUUUUUUUGAGCUGAUUUUCCAUUAGCAAAUUUUUCGCUAUCUUGUUUUUUGCAGUGUUUUUGCGAUACACCCGUUUUCACGGAUUUGCAGAAAACAUGCGGCGCCGAUCCGUGAGCGAAAGCGACAAAGUGGAAGACGUCUCCCUGCAGGAAACGGUCAGCCACGCCGAGUCGGAUCCCGAAUUGCCACGUCGCGAGUCUUCCUCCUACGGAAGUCCCAACGUCUCGACGGCCUCCUUGGACGUCGCCCCUAUAGGGAUCCCUUCGCUUCACAAUUUCCAGUCGACCUCGCGAUCGGCGUCCUGCAGCCCGCCGCCGCCCGUCUCCCGCAUCGGGAGCUCCUCGUCUAGGCCCGAAGAGCUUCAGGAUCACCUGGAGAAUGGAGAGGUGAUUCGCUUGCAGGGUCCUAACAUGCGCGGAGCUUUGAAAAAUCGUGUUUAGGCUGAAAGUUUUUCAAUUUUGACAGCCCCUGGAAUUUUUUCACAUGAGUUGAGGGCGAUUUUUAAGCAGAAUCAGCGGGAAAAUACUAAAUCUAGUGAAUAUAAUCUCAUUCAGAAGUCCCAUUUUUUUUUUAAAACCCCUAGAUGAUUGGGAAGAAUGUUUGUAUAGUUUUUCCUUUGAAAAAUGCCAAUUUAUUCAUUUUUUGGGAAUUUUUCGAAAGUGUUCAUAACAUUGAUAUCUCCUGAACAUUUUUAACACCAUUGUCCGUUUUUGUGAAGGAAAUUUUUCUCUGUCGCAAAGACCGUAAUCUAAAUUUGACCAAAGUUCGCUUCAAGACCUUUUUUCGCUGUUUUUAGAGGAUUUGUAGAUCAGAAAUGCAAAAAUAGCUGGUUUUAUGGAAUUUUUUUCAAUGCUGUGUCUUUGAAACGUAACAGUCUUGCACGGAACGUACUAUAUACUGUACGGGAGACCAUUUUCCUUUCAAGACCCCUUUUUUUUUGUAAUUCUGUAAAACAAAGGUGCAGAAAAAGCUCUAAGCGGUUGGUUUUUUUUUCAUACCGUGCUUUUUUUGUUAUUUAAAAAAGAAAAGAAUAAACUUGAAGCUGACCUACGGCCAACGGCUGAUGGACGACCUUCUCAACACUUUUUGCGACAAACUUCAAAAUGUGGCCCCGAUGAAAAUCGAAGGAAUGCUAGCGAUACAAUUCCUCACGGUGAUUUGUUCAAAAUGAUUCAUUUUAAAGCGAUUUUUUGCAGGUCGAACCCGCCAAUAUACACACGUUCAUUUCGGGCAAAAAUUUGGUCUUGCAGCUCAUUUUUGAUUAUUCCCGUGUACAUUAUGUUCUAACUUCGUAUGUUUUUAGGCGUUUUGAUCGGGAUUUUUGAGACUUUUAUUACUAUUUUUUGAAGCUUUUCGAUGCAUUUUGAAUUUAGUGGCCACUUCAGUAGUUUUUCAUCCAGUAUUCCUUCCACUAACUCUGAUAACUUUUAAAAAAACAGAUUGGACUAGUUAUGAUGAUCCAUUGACACCUAAAGUGGCCACUAAAAUUUUUAGUUGUCUAGUAUUAGCACUUAGACCUCUAUAGUGGCCACUAAUUUUUAACCCCUUGAGUGGCCACUAAUUUGACCACUUCAGUGGCCACUAAAACGUCAAAACUUCAUAGUGCCCACUAAAAAUUUUCACAGCAUAUGGGUAAAAUUUGGGUGGUCCCUGUAAGUGGAGGUGAAGUGGACCCUAGAGGAGUAUCUUCAAAAGCCCCUAUAGGGAUCACUCUGGAGUUCCGAACUGCAUUUUUAACUUGACGAUGUUCAGAAAGUUGCUUACCGUAAUCUAAUAUCGAAAAAAGCAAAAUUUUGUCUUCGAAUAUUAAAAAAAUCCGUACUAGUCGGAAGAUUUCCUGCCGGGGAUUCUUAUGGAACUAAACAAAAAAAUUAGGAUCUAGGUGAACAAAAAAAGCAAUUUUUUUAGAAAAAUUUUAUGGGUUUAACAACUUUUCGCGGGUUUCUUGAUCCUCAUAUCUUUUUUUGAAGAAUUUUCCUCCCAUAUGGAAUUUUUUCCGAGAAAAGGCCAAUUUUGUAGUUUUAAGUAGACCGGAAACUGAACUGCUUUAAAAUCUGGCACUAAAGUUUUGAAAUUCUUUUUUUUUUACUGACCAAAACCAUCUGAAGUAUUGUUUGAAACACAAAUCUUCAUAUUUUAGAUAUGACCCUCGAACACCGGAAACGGUUUACGUAUAUGACUCGCUGCAGUGUUACCAAGGUGGCUUUGAAUGUUCGGAAAGCGUUCCCCAUGUGAGUUUGAAAAGUGCGAAAGAUUAUUUCAAUGUUUCAUGUCGGGGAUAAUUAAAGAAUUGAAUUUUCUGUCAGUUCACAAAACAGUUCGUAUUAUGCUGGAAAAGUCGGUCGCUUUUUUUUUUAGGUUGCCAUUUUUUGAAAAUUUUAACUUUUUUCAAGCUCUAAGUUGUUUAAAGGUUCGAAAUUCGUAGGAUUCUCGAUUUAGGUUACUGGGAAACUUUUUAGUAGCCACUAUAGAGGCUCGCCGAGGACUACUUGGAGAGAACACUAAAGUGGCCACUAUUUUCCGUUUUAGUGGCCACUGUAGAGGUUUUCUAUUUAGUGGCCACUUCAGUAAUUUUUCAUCCAGUUUUUCUUCCAGUAACUCUGAUAAUUUUAAAACAAACAGACGGGACCAGUUAUGUUGAUCCAUUGACCCCUAAAGUGGCCACUUGAAUUUAUAGUGGUCUAGUAGUAGCACGUAGACCUCUAUAGCGGCCAAUAAUUAUUAACCCCUUAAGUGGCCACUAAUUUGACUACUAUAUUGGCCACUAAAAAUUUUCGCAGUAGUUUGUAAGUUUCGAAAAAAACCAGAUAUUGUCGGCUCAAAACAGGCGAUUUUUGGUUUUGCGUUUCCAUACAUUUUACUUUUACCCUGGCUUCAACACGAAAUAUGUCAAAAAUUGAACUAUUUUUUUCAUUAAUAUAUAAUAAAAAUUUUAAAAAAGGAUCCUUUUUCCAACCUGAAAUAGAGUUAAAAAGCAAUGACUACGUCGGAAAUUAGGAAAUUAUGAAAUUUCUGUUCUCAAAGUUGCUCUGAAACUGUAUUUUCAUCUUAUUUUCGGCAGUUUAUUUCAAAUUUAAUGCUUUUUUUCAUUUUCAUUAUGAUGGAAAUUCAGAUUUCCGACCAAGUCCAUGGAAAUAUUCGUACCCUCUAUGAACAUCUAUUUCCCAGUAAGCAGAUAAACGUUGCCAUCGAUGCGAAUUUCAGCCAGCAGGUUUCCUUUUUGUGUCAUUUUGAGAGAUUUCGUGUGAUUUUGUGUGAUUUUGAGUCAAUUUAGGUCAAUUAAAGUCAUUUUCGCGUUUUUUUUUUAGGUGAUUCGGGUCAUUUUAGGUUAAUUUUUUGACUUUUUUUUUUGUGUCACUUUGUGUGAUUUUGCGUCAUCUUGUGUUUUUUGUGUCCUUUUAAAUAAGUUGUAUCAUUUUUGGUCAUUUUGAGUCAAUUUAGGUCGAUUUAGGUCAUUUAAAGUCACUUUCUGCAUCAUUUCAUGCCUUUUAAUGUGAUUUUCUGCACGUGGAUAAUCAUUUUGUGUCAUUUUAGGUCAUAUUAGGUCAUUUAAGGUUAUUUCGAAUCAUUUUGAAAAGUUUUAGAUCAUUUCGGUUGAUUUGUGUCAUUUUUAGUUAUUUUAGCUCAUUUUGGUUUUUUUUUAAAUGUCAUUUUGUGCCAUUUUAGGUGAUUUAAUGUCAUUUCAGGUUUAUUUAGGUUAUUUUGAGUCAUUUUUGUCAUAUCAGGUAUUUCAGGAAAAUUUUUGCUAUUUUAGAUCCUUCCAAGUCAUUUUUUGUUAUUUUGAGUCUUUUUCUGCCAUUUUAAGUCGUUUUAGAUCAUUUCAGGUCUUUAGAAGCAAUUUUUAGGUCGUUUUUGGUAAUUUAGUACCAUUUAAGGUCUUUUUUGGGUAACUUUAGGCAAAAGUCAUUUUCUGCCCUUCAAAGACAUUUUGUGUCAUAUUAGGUCAUUUUUUGUUAUUUUGCGCGAUUUUAGGUCAUUUAUAUGAGGAAUUUUGAAUCAUUUUGUGUCAUUUUAAAUCAUUUUGUGCAGGGAAAAAUGUGUGAAUUCAUAUUUUUCCAAAAUUAAUUUCUUCAGCAAGAAGAUUGGUCAUGUGGAUAUCGAGCGAUGGCCGCCGUUGUCGAUAUUGCCCGGGGAAUCAGGCCUGGAAGGUUUAUUUUCAUUUAUUUUUUUAUUUAUUUUAGUUAGGGUUUUCUGAUUUUUAGAAUGGUUCCAGAAAAAAAAGACAAUUUUUUUGCAGCCAAGAGUACAGCCGAAGAAAGAUUUACGACUUUUUGAAGCAGAUUUUUGGACUGUCCCAAACCGACCUGGGACAUGUUCCUGAAUGCCGAUUUAGGAUGGUGAGAAAUAAUUGGAAUUUAACAACAUUUGCCUGUUUCUUGAAAUAUUGAUUAAACGGAAUUAUUUGUGAAAAAUUUAGUCCGUUAUCGUUAAAUAAUUAGAAAAAAGUCAAUUUUUAAAUAAUUUGGAUCUGUAAGUCAGCUGAACCUACAACCUCGUCGACGUUAGAAAUGAGUCUUCACCAGCUGAGCUAUGCCCCGCUGGAAGUUUUUUUGAUUCAUUUUAAAAAAAGAGGACCGAGCAGUGCGAAAAAAAUUUCUUGAUAAGCGAAAAAUUCUGAUUCUAUCUUUAAUAUUUUUUUCUUUUUGCUUAAUUUCCAUACGAAAAAAAUUCGGAAAAAAAGAUGGUUUGAAGCUGAAAUUUUAGCGACUUAGUUUUACUUUAUAUUUAUCGAAUGGUAUGUGGUUUCUACAAAAAAAGAAGUUAUUUUUUUAGUUUGAAGUUUGGUAUUUUGGGAUUUUUUUAGGAGGAUUCGUUUUUUGAGAUUUUUUAACAAGUUGAAAUUUUUCGUUUUUAAGAUAAAAUUUUCAAAGUUGAGAGAUAUCAGUUUUUCAUUUUUUGUUGGAUCAUUUAAUGCUUAUUUCGAAAUUCAUGAUUUCGUAACGAAAUUUUUUUGAUCCAUUUAGUUUUUCAAGAAACUUUAUCGAGACCUUCAGAGAAAUUUUUGAGCAAACUCCGAUUUUUUUUUCAAAUUCUGAGAAAAAAAUCAGCCUUUUUUUCACGUUUUUUUAAUGAGAAUUAUAUAAUUUUUUUCUUUAGGGAAAAAGCCGGACUAUAUCUAUCAAAUGAGAAAUGUUCUAUUGGUCCAGAACACCUCGUCGUCUUCUUCGACCGAAUUCCUGCAUUCCGGGUUUUUUUCAGGUCUUUUUUGAGAUGAACUAGAAGUUGUCCUUGCAGUGCCAGCCUUCAGCCGGAGUCGACGGCUUCUUCCAGGCCUUUGUCGCGUCUUUCUUCCUCCAGCGACGUCUCCAUCAACACUAACAGCAAUUCCAGGGUGAUUUAUCAUGGCAAAUGUCUGGUUUUGACUUGUUAACCUGAAAUUUUUUCUUUAAAAGUCCAAGUUUUCCCUUGUUACCCAAAAUAUCGUAAUUUACUUGAGAAUCAGGAGAUUUGUGUCGAUUUUUAGUUUUUUUAAAUGGAUUUUUAAGGUCAUUAAAUGUGUCUGAAAAACGUUUCUAGGAACAGAAAUUUUUCUUCAUUAAUUAAAUUUGAAUUCAAAACUUCGCAUUUUUUUCAUUCUUGGGUUCAAAUUUGCCCAUAAAAAUCUCAAAAAAACGCACCCAUAGCUUGAAAAAUUUUUAGAUUUGUUCCCAAUUUUAGCUUUUUUGAAUGAGUUUUAAGGUAUCCAAAAACGAUUUUAAGAAUAAAAAUCACCUCAUUUAUUCCUCAGUUUUUAUCUCAUAAAUUUGAAUUUUUUUCCUUUCCUUAGUUCGAAUUUUUCUCAUUUUUAACCUCCAAGUCUUGCUUUGUUACUCUAAAAUUUUCAAAGUGAAAUUUAAGUUUUUCGAAGCUUUUUUUCCGGUUAAAAAAAUUUUUCAAAAGUGAGGUUUUGAAGUUUUUUUCCAAAGUUAAAAUUGUAUUGAACAAUUUGCAUUUUUCAUAGUUCUGUGAAUAUUCUGAAGAGCUCCAUUACAUAUCAAAAUUAAGCAGUGAAUGGUUUUUUUAAAAAUGCAAAUAUUAGCCCUUAUCUUAUCCAUCUUAUUUUGGAAAUGUUCGAAAAGUUUUAUGAUUUUUCUAGAAGCGCGCCGGCCGAGACAGCCCAUACUUGAUGAAUAUCGAGAACUGUAAGCCUAAUUGUAUCAUUAUUCUAGAAAAUUCUCAUUUUUUCCAGCCAGCCCCGGCGGUCUGCCUCAUUGGAGCGGUUCCGAUGAUGAUGAAUUGCCGAGUUUAUUUUUUCCCCCAAAAAUAACCAAAUUAUCGAUUUUUCAGCCGAUGAGAAGAUCUACUACGUGACAAAACGACAGCCACUAACGCCAAAUGGUUUGGAAGUGGGGAAAAGUUUUUGGAGAUUUGUCAAAAAUUUAAGAAAAUAUGCAGCUUGACGUGAGCCCGAGCCCCAGCAGAAAUAUGCAGUGA